CGGUACUAAAGAAGCUAAAUCUAACCGGUUUCCCCACACGAGUUUUGCAAUCUCAGUCAGAUCUGUCAAAGCUAAUGUACGCGCGUACACAUGACGUACGUUUAGUCGAUAUGUGUCCGCCAGAACACCGAGACACAUCCGCCAUUGUGAAAAAUUAACCCGCCUUUUUCAUUCGUAAUUAUUAUUUUCUGUUCAAUAUCUUUUUAUUAUUAACGUCAUUGUUGUAUUUAAAUUCUUGUGAUAUUGUAAUUGAAUUUAAUUUCUGGUGAUAUAGUGUGGUAUAAAUUCAUUGAUUUUUUUAAAGUCUCGAACGUUUUCGAUUUCGAGAUUGUUUGGUUUCUAUGUUUGCGAAAGCAUAAAGUGUUCAUGAUUAAAGUUUUAUGAAUACUCAACCCACCUAACCAGUGCUGUGAUAAAUGAUACUCGAGAAAAGAAGAUAUUAGAAGAGAAGGAGAACAUAAAGAGCCAAAAUGACAGAAGUCGUGUAUACGCAGAGACAGAAGAUCUCACCAUUUUAUAGACAGUUGCUAGCAGUAAGCGGAGUGGUUCUAUACAUGAUCGGCACGGGCGCCAACAUCGCCUUCCCAGGAGUGCUGCUGCAGCAAUUAAGAGAACCUGAUACCGCUGUGCAGCUGACUGAAGAACACGAGUCCUGGAUCGCCUCCAUCCUCGGAUUAUGCCUCAUCUCAGGCAUCCUGGUAGCACCGUUCGGUCUGCAACGCCUGGGUCGAAGGCUCACCAACCAGCUCAGUACACUGCCAGCCAUGGGUGGCUGGGCAUUGCUUGCGGUUGCUAAGGAUCCCGGUGUUUUGUUGGCCAGUAGGGCUUUACAAGGUUUCGGAAUGGGCGUCCAAGCAGCCUGUGCGCCAGUGUCAAUUGCAGAAUAUUCAUCACCAGAACACAGAGGCGCCUUCCUUGCCACCAUAGCAUUCUCCUUCGCAACAGGAAUGUUUACAGCUCAUGUCUUUGGGACCAUUUUAUAUUGGAGAACAGCCGCGCUUGCCUGUGGAAGCUUUUACGCUUUAUCUCUUAUCCUAAUUUCUUUGACCCCUGAAACACCACCGUUUCUGGCUUCCAAAGGAUCCUACAGUGAAUGUAGAAGAUCAUUCCGAUGGCUAAGAGGCAAUACUGAUAAGUCAGAACGCGAAUUAGAAGUAUUACUCAAUAGUGAACAGAACAAAGUAGUGAAUACGAAAGCUGACGAAUCAAAAUUGAAGAUGUAUAGAAAAAUUAUAAAGAAACCAGAAUUUUAUAAGCCUACCUUCAUAAUGAUGUUCAUGUUUAUACUUUUCCAAAUAUCUGGGAUGACUGUAGUGCCUUCUUAUACUGUGCCAAUGAUGAACGAGGUUACAGGAGGUAGUAUUAAACCGUAUACAUCUAUGCUUAUCGUAGAUGCAGUACGGUUUGCUACGGCUAUUUUUGCCUGUUUUAUAACUGAUAAAUUCGGCAGGCGUACAGUUUUGUUCUUUGGUAUUAUAGUUACUGUCGUCUCCCUAUUAAUAACAUCACUAUUAUUAUACUUAAGAGAUUUCGGUUUUAUUCCUAAUGACUAUAAAUGGAUACCUGUUAUUCCGACUUUAAUGUAUAUUUUUGGGAAAACUUCAGGUAUUUUGCCUAUACCUUGGGCUAUCGCAGGAGAAAUAUUUCCAUUAGCGUACAGGAGUAUAGGCAGUGGUAUAUCUGGAAUGUUUUUAUCUAUAAUGUUUUUUGUAGUUGUGAAAACUGCGCCGACGUCGUUUAGGUCUAUUGGUGUUAGCGGUACCUUUUGUAUUUAUGGGAUUUUUACAGCUGUCUGUGGUGGUUUCCUUUAUUUUCUCUUGCCAGAGACUAAAGGCAAAACCCUUUAUGAAAUUGAAUGUUAUUUCAAAGGCAUUGGAGAUAAUAAUGGAAAAGUAAAGAGCGAGAGUGUCAAAAUGCUUGAGGUGGAAAACGUUGAAGGCGGUUGAUCGUGUGGUAGACAAAGAUAGGAAAUAUACAACCACCAAGACCAACUAGACAUUAUUUGAGGCGAAAUGUAGAACAUUAUAUUUACAAAUGCUACAGGGUAUCCUGUAUUCAAGUCAAUUGACAGUUGUCAUUGUUACCAUAGCUGGAUUAGUAGCAACAUUAGCGCCACAUUUCUAAUUACAGAUAACUUAGUCGAUCUGUGCGAAUUACUAAAAUAAAAACCUUUAGAGCCAAGCGGUAUUUACGAUGUUUUCUGUUAGAUUCAACGUUCUUGCAUUUUCCUUCUAGCAUACUACCAAACUCCUUGCCUAUUACUGGAUCAUCUGGUAUAUCGAUACCUCCAAUGAACACAACGUCAACUUAAUUUUCAUCAUUUUUUGUUUUUAAUGUAAACAACAUUAUUUUUUUAAUAAUAUUAUGCUCCUCGAAUUUUAUAAAAACAAGUUACGACACAAAAAAACAGAAAUCACCAAAAAGUAAAUUGGCGUGAUGAUCAUUUGAGGUAUCGAUAUGCUGGUAAUUUUUUAGUGAAACUGGAGGGACAUUAUCAGAUU